ACUCGUGCACAGCCAGGUCUUCCUUUCCCGAGGGCCUCAGUUUCCCAAGAGACUCCAAGGUUUAAGGCAGCGGCUUUUCAGGACUGAUGGAAGUGCCUUCCCGAGCGGGGGAGAAGGGGGAGGCUGCCCUGGCGGUCUCCGCAGCACCCUCCCUCCAAGACUGAGAUCUCGGGGAGCACCCCGCCCGCGUCCCGCGUCUUCUAGGCGCCAAAGCCCCGACUUUGACCGGAGUCCUGGCAGGAGGAGAAGGCAGGCGAAGGGGGAGGAGAGGGAUCGAGCCCCGGCUCCCGCAAGGAGCCCCCUCCUCCCGCAGGCGCUUGAGUCUCCGCGUCGCGUGACCGCGGCACUGCGGCUGCAGCGCCGCGCUCCCCUCCUGGCGCCGGAUUCCUGGGGGUUGCGGGUGGGGGCCUGUAGGUUCAAGAUCAGACCUCAGCGGACACCCGCCGCGGCCCUGCGAGAGGGCGAUGCCGCCCCGCCCCCGCUUCCUCGCCCGGUUCCUAGUUUCGCAUAGUUUCUCGACCCGUGAAAGCGUCGCUGAGUCACCUUCCCGGAACACGCUCGGGACGCUCAGGACCCAGCCAGGGCUGCCCGGGGGCCACGCAGGACGGAGGUGGCCACCACCCGGACGCGUGCCAGGCCAACGCGUCCCAGCCUGAGCCUCCCCUCUACGUGGGGACACUUGGGCCCCGCCCUCCUCCCCUCCCAGGUGUUGGGAAACGGGGCCGGGCCGCCUGGGUCCUCUGUAAGAGGAGAUGCGGCGGAGGCGCGCCCGAGUUACCGGGGCCGCAGAGACCUGCCUCUUCUCGACUUGAGGCGAUGGGAAGAGAGUUGUGAGCGGGUGUCGGUGGGGGCAGGUGUGGGCGCGUGAGCACUUUGCAGCCUGGGCCUGUACCACCUCAGCCUCCUACAGCGGUUUGGUUUUUCCUAACUUUGGCCCUACCUGGUCAGGUCGCCAAGUCCGCCUUGGUAACUUCCUCCUCUGGGUCGCCGCCAACAGCCCCCCAGGGAGUUUACUCGAGUUGGUCGCGGACAAGUUCAGGUCAGACACUUUACUUGCCGGUGAUAUGUUUAUCACACAAGCACCGAUACACGAGUCCCGGGCCCGUUUGCAUCUUCCCACUGAGCCAGUGGAGGCGGCGGAGGACACGCCCCCGAUGCUUGGCUGCCCAAUGCGGAUGGGGACCCCUAGGCCUGUUUACACCGCCGAGCUCCUCUCGGGUGCGUGGGCCUGGAUCGCCCGCUGCGGAGCAGCUUCUCUGGCCUAGGCGAGCCUCGAUGUCCUCUGUGCAAAAGAUCCAACUUUCGAGGUUCUUGACAAGGAUCCCUCCUCUGGACCGCAUCCCCCCGCGCAGGUCGCCAGCCUUCCCCGGGACCGCUCGCCUGGCUGCCUCAGGCUCGGUGGCUGCGCUGCAGAGCUGCCUGGUCGGGAGGCUAAAAAUAACUCUGGGGGAGAACUGGAGCGGCUGGAGAGACGCCCCGGCACGGAGCGGGGGGCACCCGGCGGGAUCUGGGUGGGCCUCGAAAUCCGGAUCCGGCAACCGCAGGGAAUGACGCGGGUGCCCCUACAGCCCCGGCUCCGGGCGGGGAGGGCGAGCCCCACAGCCGGCACCGAGACGCCCGCCUGGGCAGCACCGAUAAGGAGCUGAAGGCAGGAGCCGCCGCCGCGGACAGCGCCCCGACAGCGCCGGGGACCCCCUGGCAGCGGGGGCCACGGGUCGAGGUUAUGGAUGCAGCGGGCGGCUCCCGGAACCCGCUCCCCAGGCCCUGCCGAGUGCUGGUGCUGUUAAAUCCGCGCGGGGGCAAGGGCAAAGCCCUGCAGCUCUUCCGGAGCCACGUGCAGCCCCUGCUGGCCCAGGCCGAUGUCUCCUUCACGCUGACGCUCACUGAGCGGCGGAACCACGCCCGGGAGCUGGUGCGGGCGGAGGACCUGAGGCGUUGGGACGCGCUGGUGGUCAUGUCUGGAGACGGGUUGAUGCAUGAGGUGGUGAACGGGCUCAUGGAGCGGCCUGACUGGGAGACCGCCAUCCAGAAGCCCCUGUGUAGCCUCCCAGCCGGCUCUGGCAAUGCACUGGCCGCUUCUGUGAACCAUUAUGCCGGGUUCGAGCAGGUGACUAAUGAAGACCUCCUGACCAACUGCACCCGGCUGCUGUGCCACCGGCUGCUGGCGCCCAUGGAUCUGCUGUCCCUGCAGACAGCCUCCGGGCAGCGCCUCUUCUCCGUGCUCAGCCUGGCUUGGGGUUUCAUCGCUGACGUGGAUCUGGAGAGUGAGAAGUUUCGGCACCUGGGUGAGAUGCGCUUCACUCUGGGCACCUUCCUGCGCCUGGCGGCCCUGCGCACCUACCAGGGCUCCCUGGCCUACCUCCCUGUAGAAACGGUGGUCUCCAAGAUGCCCCCCUGCCCCGCUCGGGACCAGCAGGCCCAGCAGGGCCCUGUGGACGCCCACCUGGUGCCCCUGGAGGAGGCAGUGCCCUCUCACUGGACGGUGGUGCCGGAGCAGGACUUCGUGCUGGUGCUAGCACUGCUGCACUCACACCUGGGCAGUGAGAUGUUGGCUGCACCCAUGGGCCGCUGUGCGGCCGGCGCUAUGCAUUUGUUCUACGUGCGGGCAGGUGUGUCUCGGGCCACACUGCUGCGCCUCUUCCUGGCCAUGGAGAAAGGCAGGCACAUGGAGUGUGACUGUCCCCACUUGGUGUACGUGCCCGUGGUUGCUUUCCGCCUGGAGCCCAAGGACAGGAAGGGUGUGUUUGCUGUGGACGGGGAACUGAUGAUCAGUGAGGCUGUGCAGGGCCAGGUGCACCCAAACUACUUCUGGAUGGUCAGUGGCUGCAGGGAGUCCCCACCCUCUCUGGAGCCACAGGCCUCACCCAGCCGGAGGCCACCUCCAGCGGAGCACUUAUGACUCCGCGGGCCUUGCCGUGCCUUAGUCUGUCUACUUGGUUUACUCUGAGCUUAGGCCCCUCCCUCCCACCCCAGGGACCGGAGGGCCUGUCCACAGCUCACGUGGCCGGUCGGGAGGAGGAGGAAGACUCCUGGAGAAGGCUGGGAAGGAUGGCUCUGCCCACCAAAGGCCAGGACGAGGUGCUGGGCUAGGAGCGUGGAGGCCACCGUGUUUGGUUUUGGGAGCCCCGGGAGCCCCACCCCCUGAAUCAAAUCCAAAUAAAGCAACUUUCCCAGCC